AUGCUACAAGGCUCAAAUAUCUUGGGGCAUGAGAGGCCUGUGGUCAUCAGGUUAUCAUAUACAACCUUUGUUCUGGGUACUGUGUGCCUACCACUGCUUGGACUGAUAACUUGUGUCUUCAUAUCUUCUGUUUUUCAUUUUGAUGACUCUACUGGUACACAUUGUCAGGUUCCUAAUUACCUGCCAUCCAUAAGUGCCUCAAUAAGUUUAAGUCCUGAGUGCCACAUAUGGCGGUUCUGUAUUGGACUGCACUCAGCACCAAGGUUCCUAGUUGCAGUGACCUAUUUUAAAUUUUACAAGACACGUUUUGCCUCAAGGUUGCUGGAGAGUUCACUCAGCUGCUUGAACCUGGCCUUUUCUAUAUCUGAAAACCUAGGCCUCUUGCUCCUCACAUACGUGUCAUCCAAUGAAACAUACUUUGUCCAUAAGGAGGGCUUUGUCCUGUUCAUUGUCAGCUCCCUUAUCUACAUGCUAAUAACUUGUCGUUUAUGGAAAGCAAUUAAGAAGUAUUCAUUAAGUCCUGAGGAUGCCAAGUCUCAUCAUUGGAAAGUGCGUUUCUUACUUCUCAACAUCUCCUUCUGUGCUUUUGCUGGAUUCUUUUACUGGAAACACAAUAUGUACUGUCAAUCAGGGAGUUAUACAUUGUUUGCCCUGUUUGAGUAUCUCGUGGUCUUCUCCAAUAUGGCCUUCCAUCUCACAGCAGUGUGGGACUUUAAGAGCCGGGAAGUCAUGGUGAUUUCUUGCUCUGACGACAAAGACUUCUGACUUGAAACUCAACCA